AUGGACGGAGACGCCGCCGUGGAGCCUGAGGUCGACUCGUUUAGUCUCGUUCUGCCGCUCCCUUAUAGAGUCGCAAUCAUAAUUGUUCUCGGUAUUUGGGCAUGGGGUCUCAAUCUGCACUAUUUGCAUCUCAUCAAGAUUGAUGUGCCAGCACUCAUCCGGUAUCCUCCUCGACAAGCAGAGCACCACCACCACUCGACGUACCGCUUGGCCUCCUUUCUCUCCAUCCCAUUGAUUGCGUCCCUCCUUCUGUUCUGGGCGGUCACCCGGGGUGACCGGCAGGCAGUCCUGCGAUGGCAGAUCCUUCCACAGUCCUACCUUUUACUUCUCGUCGUGUGCUUUCUCCUUCCACUCAAACGCAUGUCACGGUCUGGUCGACUCCAUUUUUUGAGAUCCUUGAAGAGAAUCAGCUUGGGAGGUCUGGCGGAGGUCCAGGAUGGAAAGUUCGGGGAUAUUCUACUCGCUGAUGUUCUCACGAGUUAUGCAAAAGUCUUGGGAGAUUUGUUCGUUGCUACGUGCAUGCUCCUCGAUAGGAAGACAAGCAGUACGGCGAAGCCAAAUCGCGGCUGUGGAGGCGCAUAUCUUGUGCCCUUGAUCAUCAGCAUCCCGAGCAUGAUUCGACUGCGGCAGUGUCUGAUUGAGUAUUAUCGGGUCCGGAGGAGUCAGUCAACCUCGUCGGGCUGGGGUGGCCAACACUUGGCCAAUGCCUUGAAAUACUUCAGUGCAUUUCCAGUGAUCAUCUUGAGUGCUUUGCAACGAGGUUAUGACCCUACCAAAUCCAAUCUGAGCGAGGCUGGGCUGUUCAGACUAUGGAUGUUUUUCGUUUUUGUCAACUCAUUCUAUUCCUUCUACUGGGAUGUGGCCAAGGAUUGGGACCUUUCUCUUUUCUCCUCCAGCCGCGAGAGAAACAACCCAGAAUAUCCCUGGGGUUUGCGACGCUACCGCUACUUCCAUGCAAAAGAGGUGUAUUAUAGUGCCAUUAUUAUAGAUUUCCUCCUGCGAUGUACCUGGAGUUUCAAGCUUUCGCCACACUUGGAUCAUUUUAAUGACCUGGAGGGUGGGAUAUUCCUCAUGGAGUUGUUGGAAGUAUUGAGGAGAUGGAUAUGGAUCUUUUUCAGGGUUGAAACGGAGUGGGUAAGGAACAACCGAGGCCCUGCGACGGACGACGUGCUCCUUGGAGAGUUCGCUGCGAAGCUCGACGAAGAUUGA